AUGGCCUGGUCGUAUUCUCCCCAGGUCGGUGACCGGCUUGAAAGCUUGGAUACACCCUCCAUGAUCGUCGAUCUGGAUCUCAUGGAGGAAAACAUUAAAAAACUCAUGGACAAGCUCCUACCGACGGGACGCAACAUCCGACCCCACCUCAAGACCACCAAAAGUGCCGUUCUGGCUCACAGGCUCAACGCCGCCGGUGCCAAAGGCGGCUGCGUGGCCAAGCUCAGCGAAGCCGAAGCCAUCACACAAGCUGGGUUCGAAGACCUCCUCAUCACAUGCGAGAUCAUUGGAGCCCCCAAGGUGAAGCGGCUGGUGCAGCUGUACAAGAAGCACAGGAACAUUAGGAUUGUCAUUGACAGCCACGAGGGUGCCACGGCCAUUCACGAAGCGCUGUCACAGGAGCCCGAUCUUGCCAACGACCCCAUCGACGUGCUGGUGGACCUGGACGUCGGACUGCACCGCACAGGCGUCGCCCCCGGCGAGCCUGCGCUGGCAUUGGCACGGCACAUUGGCAGUCUGAAGAGCCUGCGCCUGAUCGGUGUGCAGGGAUACGAGGGCCACCUGCAGCACCUCCACGAUCGGGAGGACCGAAAGAAGCAGUGCCUGGAGUCGAUGAAGACGUUGACGGAGACGGCAGAUGCGUUCCGGCAGGCCGGUUUCGACAUCCAGGUCGUCACGACGGGCGGCACGGGCACGGCCGAGUUCUGUGCGACGGUCCCGGGGGUGACGGAGCUGCAGCCGGGGUCGUUCAUCUUCAUGGACACGGACUACCGGAAUGCCGUGGGCACAUUCUACUCCAACAGCCUGACGAUCCUGUCGACGGUGGUGAGUAAGCAGGGCGAGCAGCAGGUCACGAUCGACAGCGGGCUCAAGUCGUUGACGACGGACAGCGGGUUGGCAGAGUGCAAGGACCCGCGAUACACAUACGGGGUCCUCGGUGACGAGCACGGUUCUCUCAAUUGGGAGGAGGGCACUCCAUCAUUGAAGGUCGGCGAUCGGGUUGAGAUGAUCCCAAGCCACAUCGACCCCACGAUCAACCUGCACGAUGUCUACUACGCCCACCGCAAGGGCGUCAUCGAGGAGAUCUGGAAGGUUGAUUCGAGAGGAAAAGUACAAUAA